GACGACGUCAGCCUGACGCAGACGAGGCAUCUGCUGCGGAGCCGGCUUCUCCUCCCGCCGCCGGCUCGGGGAGCAGCCUGAGCCGUCCCUGACUAAUCCCCGUGCGCUUGCGCCUCACUCCCCCCGGUGCUCGGUGCUUGGCUCAGAGCUGAGGAGGGACGCUCCUCUUGCUGUUGUCGGGCUGACCCUGAGGCUGUGUCCAUGUUAGAGGUCAUCGAAGUGAAUGGAACCCCGGGAAGCCAGCUGUCCACGCCGCGCUCGGGCAAGUCGCCCAGUCCGUCGCCCACCAGCCCGGGGAGCCUGCGGAAGCAGAGGGGCUCUCAGCAUGGCGGCUCGUCCACCUCCCUGGCGUCCACCAAGGUCUGCAGCUCAAUGGACGAGAACGACGGGCCGGGAGAAGGCGAAGCGGCGGAGGAGGGCUUCCAGAUCCCGGCCACCAUCACGGAGCGGUACAAAGUCGGGCGGACCAUCGGAGACGGCAACUUCGCCGUCGUCAAGGAAUGCGUGGAGAGGUCGACGGCUAGGGAGUACGCUCUGAAAAUUAUCAAGAAAAGCAAAUGUCGAGGCAAAGAGCACAUGAUCCAGAACGAGGUGUCCAUCCUGCGGAGGGUGAAGCACCCCAACAUCGUCCUGCUGAUCGAAGAGAUGGACGUGCCUACGGAGCUGUACCUGGUCAUGGAGCUGGUGAAGGGAGGAGACCUGUUUGACGCCAUCACGUCCACGAACAAGUACACGGAGCGCGACGCCAGUGGGAUGCUCUACAACCUGGCCAGCGCCGUCAAGUACCUGCACAGCCUCAACAUCGUGCACCGCGACAUCAAGCCCGAGAACCUGCUGGUGUACGAGCACCAGGACGGCAGCAAGUCCCUGAAGCUGGGGGACUUCGGCCUGGCCACCAUCGUGGACGGGCCCCUGUACACGGUCUGCGGCACCCCGACCUACGUGGCUCCGGAAAUCAUCGCCGAGACCGGGUACGGCCUCAAGGUGGACAUCUGGGCAGCCGGCGUGAUCACCUACAUCCUGCUGUGCGGCUUCCCUCCGUUCCGCGGGAGCGGCGAUGACCAGGAGGUGCUUUUUGACCAGAUCUUGAUGGGGCAGGUGGACUUCCCCUCCCCCUACUGGGAUAAUGUUUCCGAUUCUGCCAAGGAGCUGAUCACCAUGAUGCUGCUGGUGGACGUGCAGCCGCGGUUCUCGGCCGUGCAGGUCCUGGAGCACCCCUGGGUGAACGAUGACGGCCUCCCGGAAAGCGAGCAUCAGCUGUCGGUCGCUGGGAAGAUCAAGAAGCACUUCAACACCGGCCCCAAACCGAACAGCACGGCGGCGGGUGUCUCCGUCCUAGCAACCACCGCUCUUGAUAAGGAGAGGCAGGUUUUCCGACGAAGACGCCACGCGGAUGUGAGGAGCCGCUACAAGGCGCAGCCGGCUCCGCCCGAGCUCAACUCGGAGUCCGAAGACUACUCCCCGAGCUCCUCCGAGACCGUGCGCUCCCCCAACUCGCCCUUUUAACCAGCCCCCGCACUCCAGGUCCCAGCUUAACCCUCUGAGACUCGGAGACGUUUUCCCAAAUUUAUUUAUGUGAGAGACAGUUGCACCCGACCUAUCUAUCUAGCACCCAGUGCUCCGGCGGCGGAAGAGAAAGCGUGUUUUCUGGUGUCCGUAGCGACCUCCCCUCGCCGAGCCCCACGAGGACCGGGGUUCGCGAACACGGCCCCUUGCUGCUGACAGGGUCCUCAGAGGGUUAAGGCGACUUGGCAACAUUUUUAAACCUAAACUCGAUGACUUUUUUCCUCAGUCAAGCUCGUGCGCAGCGAGCACACGCUAACCCUCUGCGUGCAUGGGCCGGGCGGGCGCCCCUCGGGGGGUCGUCCAGGCCCGGGACACACACACACGUGUCUUGACUUUGCUGCGGAUCCAGGAGUGAUUUUAGACGCCGAGAUGUCUGGACCAGAGAGGCCCCCAGAGUGGUAACUGGCUCGUCCUUUCCCGUGGGUUUAGAACGCGGCAGGUUCAUGAGUUAGGCAUAAGCACCCCCGUUUCUUCUUCAUAAUCCGAUUCAGAAAGGGACUUUUUUCGUUAGAGGUAUGACCGUCAGCUGCCGUGAGGCCCACAGCUCGAGAUGGGGGGGGACUGGGUCCGUGGCAAACAGCCUGCCCCCCGGAGGACAAUGGUGCACCCCCCCCCCAGCUCUCCCCCACCAAGACGUGCUGAUGAUGCCCCAGAAAUGCGGCGUUCACCUCAGCUGCUGCUGGCGCCAGCGCAGACCCCGGGGCGGGCGGGCGGCCUCCCGCCGCGGCUCGCGCUUGGUGAGGGAGGGUCUCGCUUGGCACAUCUCCAGGAGACAAAACAAAGCAAAACAAAUAACCAACAACUGGUGGAAAAGAGCAAUAAAUCGCCAGGUGCUCUCUAGGGCUGGGAUUUCAAACAGAGAGAGGAGGUGAGACCCUGGUGUUUUUCUCACCUGCUCCUUUUCAUGCCCUGCCGUCUUCAGUGUGAAGUCCACACCGUCCAAUACACACACAGGAGGCUGGGGCGGGGGGUGGGGCGAGAGGCCGAGGGCUUUGCAAGGUGGCCAAGGGGAGAAAGCACAGCGAGAGAACGAUCCAGAACAUCCCUAACAUGGCUUUUAAGGAAACCAGCCACUGGUGAGUGUGCACCGUCACGUUCCCUGCGUAGACUCUCCCGGGAAGGACGGGGAGGAGGGCGGGGAGGCGUGCCUCCCGGGCGACCCCUUCGGCUCCCAAGGUGACCUUCCCACAGGCCACUGUCUGUCGCUGUCCACAGGGACCCCUUGUCUUUCUCACCUCUCCGUGGGCCGAGUCCUGUCUGAGACCUGAGUUUUCACUCCUGCCAGCCACCGUUGAGUUUUUUCUGGAAUGCACGGUCACCGCAACGCUUAGGGCAGAGGCUAGCCGCGGGGCCUCGGAGGCGGGGUUCCGUGUGCUCAGUGUGUGACCCCGGAGAGCCAGUGAGUGACGUUCAUGCCUUUCGCACCUGGACGGCUGAGCGGCACUUCCUGGCCCUGUUUGGAGCACAUCCCAGUACCUGCAGGUCUUCGGCCUUGCCCCGGUCGGUCCUUUACUUUCAGAUGCACCUCGGCCUUCAGCGGCUGCCCUUUACCCCCCCCUCCUGAGCGGCGGGCUCUCCUGAUGUAGGCUUUAAGAUCCUAACGUGUCAUGAUGUUCACGUCACGGUUUUCUCAAAGUUUUUGUCCUGCUACUCAUAGGUCAUUUCUUGGGUCCGCGUUGCCCUGGCAGGUAAACAGCAGGUCAUUUACUGAGCGGUGCCUCCCGUGGAGCCCCGAGAUGACAUCACACAGCGGCGCUGAGCAGCCCGGCCCAGUCAGGUCCCGGGUGGGGUCGAGGGGCGGAACACCAGGGAGGGUAUGCUGGAAGGUCCCCAUCGGGCCAGUGCCCUGGGCUGGUCAGAGAGGACGCUCUCUCAGAGGACAAAGGGAAGCUCCGCUCUCAGUGCCUCCGGAGUGGCCAGGCAGCUGGGCCCCGACUCUGAACGUGCGGACCUGAAGAAUCCGGUGGGCGGAGCCCUGCCCGCGGGACCUUGUCACUUUCCUGUCUCUCUCCCACUCGCUGCUCUUCCCGCGGGCACCCCAUGCGUCACCCUGGCAUCCGGUGCACAGAGCUCGCAGCUCGUGGCCCCGGCACACCGCAGGGGGCCCCUCAGCCUGGGGAGCCCAGCGCUCGGCUGCCGGAGGGGUGGUCCAUGCCGGACCCCACACAGUGGCAUGUGGCCUGCCAAGUAGAGCUAUCGAGGGGCCAGAUGGAAGGCCCUGCUUCAGCAUCAAGCCGCCGGGACCCCGACCCCAGGGCCGCACUUGAAGUUCCCCAACAAGCACAAGGCCCGCUGGCGAUGGACGGGGGAGGCUCCAGACGCUGGGCUUUCGGCCCACGCUUCCUUGUUUUUCCCCCGACAUUCCUGGGAUAGUUCGAGGUUGAAACAAUUAAGUUGUGGUGUUCUUUAAGGAAUUCCUAUGACCAAACCGACAUUUUUUUCUUUUUUCCAUUUUGUCAUCGAAUAAAUAUGUACCGUGACGGCAGUGUACCUCUGUAAUUACCGAUUUAGUCAUUGCCGCACGCGGCACCCUGGUUUUCCUCCGUAUUGAAUCGCGUGCUUGCGGCCGUGGCCUGGUGGGUGGGGUUGUCUUUCCUUCGUGAACACAGGACCGGCACGCGGCGUGUUCGAGGGGACUGUGAGGCUCAGCUCUCCCGCCCCGUGGGGGACGAGUGAAGAAAGAACUCUCGCGUCCCUCGCGUCCUGAACCUCGCCUCUGCGGACGCGAGCCGUUGGCAGCCAGGAGCGCUUCCCUGCCCUGGCGCCGUAGCCCAGCCCUUCCACGCAUCACAGCCAGGGAGCCUGCCCUUUGCUCCCCGCCGUUAGAAGGAGCAGUGCGGGUCCGGCCACCGGAGGUGUUUCCACAGGAGUCCUCGCCUCCCUGACGCACGGUGCACAUGAGAACAAGCAGAGAAAAACGCAAAUAAACGACUGAAAAUCUCGGUGUUUCGUAUUCGGUGACACUCAUGUGGGCUGCCCGGCACCACCCGCCCCGCCCCUCGGCUUGCGGUCAACAGCCCCGUCAGGUGCUGUUGAAAGAAAGCAAUAUAUACGUGAAUGAAGGCUGCAAUUCCAACCCUUCCCCCUUUGAAGCAUAUUUCAGUUGGGAGGAAAAGAAAGAGGAAAGAAAAAUUGGCUUCGCUUAGAGGGUCACGGAGCUACCGUCCGACCGGAGCUCACGCACAUUAAAUCACAGCUGUUUGCUGGCCACGGGCGCCCGGCGGGCGACUGGGUCCCCGUGCGGGGGCGAGGCUGGGCGGGGGUGGGGUGGGGGGAGCUUUCUCAACGUUACGGCGUUGCCUGCCAGCCCUUCUCAGGGUGAGACUGUCGCGUUUCCGUGAUAAACUGUUUUCAAAGGUUUUUAAUUCGGCCAUAAAAAGGUGCCCCGGGCUGGUUUCCUCUAGACUGAAGGUCUGACCCGGAGUGCAGGUUCAUCGCCUUCUGCUCUCUGCCCAACUCUCCCGAGGAAAGAACAACCAAAACGCAAGCAAGCAAGCAAACAAACAAACAAACAAAGCCCGGUACAGCUUCGCCUGCAUCGUAACUUCAGAACUUCGGAAGGCCGCGAGACCCGAGAUGGCCGCUGAAUGGCAUUAUCCCUUUGGGUGUGGGUUUCAAAAAAUCCAAUUAGGAGCCACCUGGUAUAUACUGUAGAUAACGUCGCUUUUCUAUAAUUUGUAAAUCACUACAGUUUUCAGUGCUACCUGAUCUUCUCCAUCCAAGCAAAGAUGUUUAAAAGCUCGAAGGUGGUCCUUCCGAGGGUUAGCGUCCCCUGGGUGUUGUCUGCCACUUGCAUUCGGCGUUUGGGAGAAACACUCUCAGCCGAACCCUUGCACUGCAUGCUGUGGGGAGGGGGCAGAUGCCCGCUUCCUUAGGAGACAGGGAUACUCCUUUUUUAACAUAAACAUCAAGUUCCAUGAAGCCAAUUCAAGUCUGUUGGGGAAAAGAGCAAUUAAAACUCUCCCCCAAAGUAACCACUUUUGGUCAAUUCAGAUGUGGUAAGGCGUGUGUCGAUGAACACACUUCAAACGAUUUUUGUUUAAAAGCACAUCGACCCACAACCCUUGAAAAUGGGCUUCUCAAAUGGGCUCAGUGGCGCUUGUGCACGAAGCAGGAACACAUGGGUGGGGUUCCAGGGGCGGCCAUCGUCACGGGAGUCUGGAGUGUGUAUGUCACGACGUCCUGGCGGUGGAGGGGACAGUCUCUGACGUGCUCGUAGUUCGAACACGCGGCCGCGUGCCGAGGGACACGGAGGGUCCCGAGCUGGUGGGAAACCGGAAGCUCAACCCAGAGGCUCCAGGUGCCUCUGGCAGGGGUGGGGGUUUUCCCCUUUAUCUUCACUCCCCUCCCCCGCAGCCCCCACAGCCGUCAUCCUUCUGGGGGCUCCAACACGGAAACCGCCGAGAUCACUUUUCAGGGAGGGCGUGUCCCACGGGCAGGUGUUCGGAUCGUGAGGUUUACCGCAUCUUGCCCUCGGGGACCAGGGAGAGAUCUCAUUUCUUCCUUCCGGCCCCAGAGGAAAGGCAGGGCCUGCCCUGAAACCAAACCCUGGAACCUCAACACUCUCUUCUCCUCAUUCGCUGAGGCCCGUCACGGCUCUGCAAGCCUUCGCUGUGGGUUUAAGAGAACGUGGGACGUUGAAAGUGAUGAUAGAGAUGCUACCUGUCAGUUGCUUCCCGUCCCCCUAGCCGUGGUGAGAAAAAGACCUGGAACGGUUCUCCAGGGGCGAUUCUCACUUGCCAGUGACAUUAAUCUUCCAUGUAUUCUCAGAAAAAAAAAGUAAAAGGAAAUUGAAACCGGUCCAAGGCUAGGGUCAUAUCCUGGAUAACUUUUUAAAAAUUUGAUGAAGAAAUUAAUAACGGCCUUUUUUUCAUUCUGGCUGAAAGAAAAAUUAUUAAAAGAUUAGUUGAGUGUGAAAUUAAAUGGUAUUUUGGUCAUGCAUACUGAAAAGGUGGGCUAGGAACUCGAUGCAUUUAAGCAAGUUUCUGAAAGGUUUCAAUGUGGGGCAAGAAAGAAAGUUCAAUAUUUCCUUUGAAAAGACUGAAUUUGUCAAUUGCUGCAUGGAUCAGGUGGCAUAGGUUAAUUUUUGAUUUUGAGACUCUUAAUGGAAGGACUUUCCAACGAUUUGUAUCCAUGAUUAAAGCUGGAAUGAGAUCCAAUUUUUUUCCUAAUCUCUCCGUUUAAGCUAAUAAAUGUAGGUUACUGUGGAAUGAA